AUGGAGGACCUGGAUGACAGCGCCAAGACCUCCCUGGGACACAGCUCUGGCGCCUUGGCACGCUCGGCCACCAGGCGUAACAAGUACGAUGCCUCCGCCAGCCUGCUGAUCUAUCUUGGGGCUACGCCGCUGGAGGUACGACUGGAGAAAGACGAGGAAGACAUCGACCUCACCGCUCCGGACACCCAGCUGACCAGCACCUCUGUUCGGUUACAGGCCUGGCAGGACAUCGAGACGGUGCUGAUGCACGGGCUGACUGAGCCGUCGGCGGCGUCGAGCGUCGAGCGUCGAGCCGGCACGGCCGCCGACUCGCCGCGCUCCCAGCACUCGCCGCGGCUUGACUCGGGCCCGCACUCGCCCGACGGUCUGGAAAUGGUGUUACUGACCGACAACGCUAGUAACCAGCUCAAAAAGUCGACCUCGGUGGGUGAGCGGGGCCGCAGGCCGGCUCCCGACGGCGCAAGCAGUGAGCUCGAGAAGACGGCAUUGACUGUGGCCGGUUUGGCCGGCUGUGAGCCGUUCGACGCGUCGCAGCGCCUCAGCACCGCUCCCAGUGCGUUUGGCGGCGACAUGAGCAGUGAGCGGAGCGCGCCCGGCGGCGGCGACUAUGUGGACCUUGACUCGCUCAUCAGUCGCGCCACGCAGCAGCACCUGUGCUACCCGGGCGAGCCGCCGACCGGCAGCCCCACCAGCGGCCAGGCCGUAGCCUCAGUGGCACUCGGCGUGCAAACCAAACUGUCGCUUGGCUCGCCGCUGGUGCCGUCGGACGACCGCUCCAUCUCCCCGCAGCCGCUGGCCGGCCUUAAUGACGAGCUCGACUUGGUCAGUGUGCAGGUGCGGCGGGCGCCGCUGGUGGCGGGCACCAGGUACACGGGCCUGCCGGCGGCUGACGGCCCGGCCCAGUCGAGCCCGCCCAGUGGCACGCCGCAGAUGAGCCCGCCGGCUAGUCCCGAAAACGACCGGGUGCCGCGCCGUGUGGCCGCCCCGCCGCCGCCAGCGGCACUGGCAGGCCUGGUGGCGGCGGCGCCGACGGUGCGUCUCAUCACACCGCCGUCGUCGCCAAGUUUGGCCGAACUGUUGUCGGUGCCGGUGGCCGGGCAGCAUCAGCACCCCGCCUUCCUCAGUCAGCUGCCGGCCACUGACGAUGGCCGGCGCAAGGCCAGGGGCUCGGCGGGACGUCGGCGCAACACGGCUCACGCCUGCCAGUACCCAGGAUGUGCCAAAGUGUACACCAAGUCGUCCCACUUGAAGGCGCACCAAAGGACCCACACAGGCGAAAAGCCAUUCCAGUGCACGUGGAAUGACUGUGACUGGAAAUUCGCGCGCAGCGACGAGCUUACACGCCACUUUCGCAAACACACGGGUGAUCGGCCAUUCCAGUGUCGGCUGUGUGAGCGCGCCUUCUCGCGCUCCGAUCACCUGUCUCUGCACAUGAAGCGUCACGUGACCGUAUGAUGUGUGGUGUGUAAUGGUGUGGCGGUGUGAUUCUGGCCGCACCACGUGAUCGAGUGAGGACUAGGUAUGCUGCAUUCGUUCCGCUGUUCGUAAGGAUAUGUUUAUAUUGGUGAGCUUUGUCAAGUGUACAAAACCAUAAAAAGUUUAGUCGGUCUCGUGAAGACGGGCGAGAAUGGCGUUGCCCGUUUACCAUGACCUGUUACCAAAUGAGUGAGCGCGGCUGUCAUAAUGCGGUGGCCUGGCGCCACGACAUGUCCAUGUCAAUUAGCUGUUGGGCUGAGUUGGCGCCAGCCGAGACGAGGCGGCCGCAAGGCCAGACACCACUGCGGCGCAGAGAUGCCGGAUUCAAUACACUAUCGGUAGA